AUGCGGCGGAAAAUCCAGUCGCUCAUCGUCGGAUAUGGCGUGCCGGCCAUCUGGUUCACCAUCAACCCGAACGACAUUACGAACCCGGUGAAGCUGCGACUGGCGGCAUACCGCACACGCGAUCCCGACGCGGCCGAGGAGUUCUUAGAAGGCCUUGGGGAUGCGUAUAAGCGGGCACGGCUGGCGAUAUCGGAUCCCAUGAGCUCGGCCGUGUUCUUCCACCGCGAGAUGAAGCUGUUCUUCGAUCAUUACGUGAAGCGUCUUCUCAGAGGAUCUGGACCAGGAAAGUUUUGCGCCGUGCAAGCGGAGCGAUCUGUGACGGGCGGUAUUGGUUCCCUGCUGGACAACGCCGCGCAGUUCUCGGCCGCGUUUAUUGAGGAGGCCAACUUCUGUGCCGGCGCGACGCAGGUGCACACGCAUAGCCCGACCUGUGUGAAGUAUUCCUUGGGCAAAGGAGGGCGGAAAGGGGACCUCUGCCGGUUCAAGGCGCCAUGGAGGUUAGUCGACAAGACCGCCCUCACGGCAGACGGGGUGCUGCAGAUCCGGAGGACACACAGCAUGGUCAAUCGAUGGAACGAGGCUAUUGCUGUCGGGCUCCGGCACAACCAUGAUAUUUCCUUCAUUGCGACGCAGCGCAAGACAAUGGCCCUCAUCUAUUAUGUCACGAACUACGCGACCAAGGUGGAGGACCCGGUGUGGAAGCGUGUGGCGGCCGCGGCCGAGCUCCUGGCCGCCUCAACAGGGAACAGGACGCGACAGUUCCUGAUGAGAGUGGCGAACCGCGUGUUCACGGAGCGUCCGCUAUCACAGGUCGAGGUCGUCGCUCACCUUCUCGGAUAUCCGGCCGAGUUCACCGACAGCAGCGCGUGGGCGUACCUGAACUGUUCUCUGCUGUACUGGGAAGUCUUUCGGCGAUGGCGGCAUCUCCGAGAAGCCAGUGGCGCUGCGGCUAUGGAUGACACCUUGGAUGAGUCGGUGCUCAGGCGGCCGGGCAAGCACGCUACCGUCUGCCUCGACGGCUACCUGAGCAAGGACUUCACCUACGAUGACGAGUCGUGCUACCGGAGGGCAGCCGUGCAGCAUCUUGCGCUGUUCGUGCCGUGGAGUCCUUCCUGGGCGAAGGAACAGCUGCUUCGACGAUCCGCCGAAGACGCAAAACGCGACGCCAAGCAAUGGGCAGCCUCGUCCGGCGAUGGCGACCCGACGGUCGCACACGUCGAGGAGGGUGGAGCAGGCGAGGCGGGCGCGGAGUCUGCAGCGACAUAUCAGCCCAACAGCAUCGGAGACGCAACGCGGCUCAUCGACGUCGUCCGAGGUGCAGUGGGAGCGAAUCAGGUGACGGCCAAGUCGCCGGAGCUCAUGGCAAUGAUACAGCAGCUCUGUCGGUUUCAGCAAUCGGCGCUGCGCUCGACGGCCGAGCUCGAGGCCACGGCGCUGAUCGAACGAGGGAGAGGCGGUUAA